GGUUUUCAUCUUCCUCUCUUUCUCACAUCACGUCUGGUUCUGUGCGUCAGUAAGGAAACAAAAUUGCUUUCUCACAGAUGGUUGUGGUGCUCAGGGCUUUCAGUGUAAAUUUUAGAGGAAGUUGUGUGCUCUAGCGGCACGUAAUGAUGGAUUCAGUUUUAGAGUCAUCAGACGCUUACUGGCACUGGCCUCACAUCUCACAAAGGAAGGGCUUAUUGUUUGCUCUGACAGCGCCCAUCUCUCCGCCCCUUUCACUCUUUAAGGUUUUCUCUCUCACCUCCAUGGUGCUUGAAUCAUCUAGGAAAUUUUUCUUUUCUGGUCGAGUCAAUUCCCAAAAAGGACUUUCUGACACCAUCCUGUGCAUUUUCCUUCCUGUAAACCUGUCAGGGGUGUUCCUGCCUCGACUCUAUAGUGAAAGUCAGCACCCCACGGGACAGAUUUUGUUAUCAGGCGUGUAUCACUGGUAGACGUGCUGCCACAGGCAUGCCCUGCAGCAGGCUGGCUCCUGGCCAGCUCCUCUGACAUUUCACUUUCAUCUGCUUUGUGUUUCACAAUCAACAUAUCCCUCUUUUAGUGUUUCAUUUCAACCAUUAAUGACAGCUGGCGUGCAGUCCAUGAAUCAGAGUAUUUGAGAAAUGAGAAAGGAAUCAAAAGGAGGCGGUGACUGUGCUACGUAAUAAUUAAGCCACACCCAUAAACUUUAAGGCACAACAAAACAGAGACGCUGAGACAAAAAGUGACAGAACAAGGCAGUACCAGUCAGGAUUCACAGCACACUGACAGCUGAGCAGGAUAUUAACUGUACAUGGCAGAGAUUUACAGCGGCGGCCAGCUUCAACACUUCAUCGAUGGCUACGAUGUCCACAAGAGCAACUGGAUGCGUUACGUGAACCCGGCGCGCUGUUUGGCCGAGCAGAACCUGGUGGCCUGCCAGAACGGCCGGGACAUCUACUUCUAUACCUUUCGGCCAGUGGAGCCCAAGCAGGAGCUGCUGGUGUGGUACAGCCAGGAGUUCGCUCAGAGGCUCUGCAGCCAGCAGGAGGACCUCCAACACAAACACAGCGAAGAAGAGCAAGCCAAACAGCAUCUACCUCAACAGACAUUUCUUCAGGACAGAACAAAGGAGGAGAUGAAGCAGCAGAAUGAAGAAGACAGUGAAGAGAAGAUUGACGUGGAGAUGUUGGAGAGAGACACUCCUCCUGACACACCUAACGAGCAAAUAGUGGACUUCAGCAAAAAGAUGGAGAAGGACGAAGAUCCAGAAGGCGUAAGCAUCAUUCCCUCCCCUCAACCUGACCACAGGGAACCCCUGCUGGGCCUGAAUCAUCAUUACCUGUCAGAUCACCACCCCUCUCUCCAUGCUCCACACAGAGGCCUCCCCCUUCAUCUCCAUGGCCUAUACGGCCACAGGGAGGGUCUUGUCUCCUCUUACCCACUUUAUCCCCACUCCAGACAUCUUCAGCCUCCUUACCAGUUCCUUCCUUCCUACGGCCCUCAAUAUCCUCGGUUCGUCCUCCCUUCCUACUCCCCCCCCUUUCCUAGCAUCAUUCCUUCACGAGGAUCCCUCCGAUACAGCAGCUACCUAGGCACUGAUGGAGUCCCGUACCCCCCUGUUGCUCCACCUAACCAGCUCCCGGUGUCCCUCCCCUACGCUCCAUCUUCUGAAGGGGGGCUGAAAGAAUUAACUCCAAACGUUUCACCACCAAGAGGCGCUCCAGCCACCCCGGAGCUGUCUCCCCCUCCCAAGCCUGAAAGCCAUCAUUCCACUUCUGAGCAGUCUCCCAGUGGCUGUGAGGAGGCCAUGAACCUCAGCCUGUCCAUGAACAACAGCAGCAGCGCACCGCGGAAUGGACCCGGACACAAAUCCCUGCCUUACCCCUUGAAGAAACAGAACGGAAAGAUUAAAUAUGAAUGUAACAUCUGCUCCAAGACCUUUGGACAGCUCUCAAACCUAAAGGUUCAUCUCCGAGUGCACAGCGGUGAGAGGCCAUUCCAGUGUCACUUGUGUAAGAAGAGCUUCACUCAGCUGGCCCACCUCCAGAAACAUCACCUGGUCCACACCGGAGAGAAACCGCAUGAAUGCCUGGUGUGUCACAAACGGUUCAGCAGCACCAGCAACUUAAAAACACACCUCCGGCUGCACUCAGGAGAAAAACCUUAUCAGUGCAAACUGUGCAACACCAAGUUCACCCAGUACAUCCACCUGAAGCUGCACCGGCGCCUUCACACCAGCCGCGACCGGCCCUACCGCUGCGCGCUCUGCCCACAGACCUUCUUCCACCGAUUCUCCCUCUUCAUCCACCAGCGCAGCUGCUGCCUGACUAACUCCUCCGUUCCUGUCAACGUGGACAUGAAGGAGAUGGUUGAGCGAUUUGAUGCCAGCCAAGAGGCAGACACGCUGACAGAAACAGCCACCCCCUCCCAGGUAGCGGAAGCUGUUGAGCACUGGCUGGCCUGUACGCUAGAAGGAGAGGGGAAGGAGGACCAGAAAGAGGCUACGGUUCUGCUGAAAGCCCUAACAGCUGCCAUCACCGCACCAGUAACCCCUAUGCCUCUGUCUGCGGUACCAGUAUCACACCACAGCCCUCCUCCGGGCUUUCAGGAGCGGGCCAGCGUGGUCCAUCUCCACAAACGACCAACAGUGAAAACAGAGGUACAGUGAGGUUGAGUUCCAGGCGUGGGGACAUCAAAAUUCACCAAAAAAAAAAAAAAAAGACAGGAGUGGCCAAAAUUAGUUCCUGAUUUGCUAAGAGAAAUCUCAAAGGGAACUUCUUCUGAUCCAAUGAGCACAGCACCAAAAUAAGAGCAUUCCAAAGACUGGGCAAGAGAUGAUCCUCGUCCCAGAGCUGAUAUUAAACUGUGAAGUAUUUAAAAAACUUUCACUCAGGUAGAAAUUGUUUGCUUUAUUUUUCUUUAACUUAUUAUUUUUGUUGAAUAGAUGCGUUGAUAUUUAUUUAGAUGUCUUACGGUUUGUUUUUGUUCAUUUUUUCCCUCCAAGUGUUGAGAGAUUUGAUAACUUGAUAACACAAAGUCAAUCAUCUAUUUAUUUCAGUUGAGAUGGAAAAGUUAUUGCCAAAACAUGAAUAUGUGAUGCUGUGUUUCCCUGUGAUCAUCAUUCAUAUCAGCUAUCCAGCUUCACACAGAAGGACAGAGAUUUAGACAAAGCAUUAUUCACCACGCAGCAAUUACCUGAACAGAACACGACCAAGAGAAAAUCAUCGCAUGUUUGAGUAAAACUGCAAUUUUACUGUAAAGGUGUGGAACAGAAGCUUCAUCCAAAUUUGACAUCAGACAGUAGUACCUCACAUUCAGCAAGAAAAGAAGACAAACAGCAGCACAUUUUCUAGCUUUUAAAAUAUUCUUGUCUUGUAGCACUGGAAUAAAUCUCUGUACGCUUUUGGUUUCUGGUAUAAACCUCCAGAACUUUACUGUAAAAACACUGCUGAGUCUGUAGUUUGUUUGUUUUUUACUUUUGUACAGGCUGGUUUGUAGUUUAUUUUUUUUAAACAGUUUUGAGAUGUUAAGAAUUUAUAUGUGAGAGACUAUUUUGAUGAUACUUUUAUAUAUUUACCUGAUGUAGCACAUUAAAGAUAUUGUUUCUAUAAAACAAA